AUGUCAUUGAUCUUGUAAAACCAAAAAAAAAAAAAUGAAGAGAAAAAAGAAUUGAUUACUAAAUCAAUUAGAAAGCAAAAACGAAAAAAUCAGUACACGGUUGAAUUCCCAUUCGGAAGCAAAAUCGACUUAUCUAUUCUAAAAUCGAUAUCAAAGAUUUCGCAAAUUUUACCACCUUCAAUUCCAUCUAACAUAGUCUUUCGACUGGAUUCUAAUAUUUAAAUGCCUUAAUCAUUUAAUUAAGAUCAUCAACUUGGAUGUUUAUCAAUUGAUCCUCAUUCAUUUAAUUAUAAGGUUAUGAGGUAUGAUAAGUGUUAAAAUUUCCACAUCUUUCAUUUUGAACCCAUUGAAAGGUCAUACACCCCUGCGUCUGUUAUCAAAGAUUUAUUUGAUCAAUAAAACACUCGGCUUGGGUAAGCUUUUGAUAACUUGCAUUAAACUAAAUUAAAUACAGAAAAUUUUAAGGUGGUAUCAGAAUAAGUAAUAGAUGAGUUUGAAAAAAACAUCUCCUCUGCAUAUUCACUUUACAUUUCAAAAUACAAAAAUGGAACUAUCACUACAGAAACAAGGGCUAUUAAUGAUCAAUAUUUAAAAAUGAUAGGAAUAAAUGAAACAAUGAUUUAUGAUUAUAUUACUUCAACGGGUUGCUUACCAUGGCCAUAUCAAUAAACUUAAGAUUAUCAAUGGGAUUAGAAUUUGCUGGUAUUAUUUUCCUGCAACCAAAAAUAAAUACCUAUAUAGGGACAAGCCGUCAACUAUAAUGGAAACUUGUUUCCGGUAUUUUUGAAUCAAUAAAAUUAUUAUUUGUAUAAUGAAUAGGACCAAUCUUAUACUUAAUUCUAAUAUUACAUUUACGAAUAUAAUGAAAGAUGGUCAAAUGAAAAUCAAAUUCGUCAAAAUUAUUUGAACUAUUUUAACAAAAGACUCGAUAUCAUGGAAAAAAUGGAUCAAAAUAUUAUUAAGAGAUGUAAAUAUAAAAAUGUAUGA